AUGACGACACCAGGCUCAAGAACAAGGACUCGAUUUGUUCAAUGGAAUGUCCGUACGUUAUAUCAAUCAGGAAAACUGGCGCAGCUUAUAUCAGAAUGCAGGAGACUGCGCAUAGACGUAUUGGGAAUUAGCGAGAUGCGUUGGAACACUUGCGGAGAAUUAAGUAACGCCGACGGCGAUCUGGUGCUGUUCUCGGGCAUGCCGAAUGCUGACGAUCCACACGUAAACGGAGUGGGACUGUAUCUUAACAGAAGAUAUAGAAAGGCCCUGCUAAGUUGGAAAGCUAUAUCAGACAGAAUUACAGCUGCAAGAUUGGACUCCAAAUGGCGCAAGAUAACAAUCAUACAGUGUUAUGCACCCACGGAAGAGAGUGAACUAGAAGCUAAGGAGCAAUUUCACAGCAUGCUCGACAAAACAUUAACUGAAACUAACCACAAUGACUUUGUAAUCCUCAUGAGUGAUUUCAACGCCAGAAUAGGCAAUGAAAAUGAAGGUUUGGAGCAUAUAAUGGGCAGACACGGCGUGGGACAGAAAAAUGAAAAUGGUGAACUGCUGAUCGAGAUAUGUGCCAACUAUGGGUUGAAGAUAGGCGGAUCGCUAUUCAUCCACAAAGAGAAGCACAAAGCAACGUGGAUGGCGCCAAACCCAUCGUGGCGCAUACAAUACUAUCAACUAGACCACUUCUGUGUGAGUGGGAAAUGGAGGCGCUCACUACUAGACGUCCGAAAUAAAAGAAGCGCCGAAAUCGGAAGCGAUCACUAUCUGCUGCUGGCUGAGCUGAGACUAAAAAUAGCUCCUAGGAGAGUCAGCCAACAGCCGGGCAGAAUAAAAUACCUAGUAAACAAACUGCGGGACGAGAACACUAGGGAUAGAUACAUGUCGACAGUACGCGCAAAACAUGCCGAGAGGAUGGAUACGGAAUCCCUAGACCCCAUAAAUGGAACAUGGAACAAUAUAAAAACCUCAAUCACUGAAUCAGCAGCUGAAACACUGGGUCACGGUGGUAAACGGAACAAGGAUUGGCUGUCGGUAGACUUCUGGCGGUUGAUCGAAGAUAGAAGAGCCAUCAGAGAUCGUCUAUUAAACGUACUUAAUACAAGACGAGGGAGCGAAUUAAAAAACAGAUACGCUGACAUUAAUAAAAGAAUCAAGAAGCAGGCAAGGAAAGACAAAAGAAUAUAUUUUGAAGACAUGGCUGCCGAGGCGGAAGAAGCUGCAAAGAAAGGCGAUAUCAGAACCCUGUGA